AUGCAAGCCGCCGCGAGAUCGCUCGCCGCGGCACGCCGCCUCGCGCCUCGCGGCCGGCGCCCCCUCCCCCUCCCUCGCCCCCGCUUCCACACCGCCUCGCCCCACGAUCCGUCCCCGGAUCCGGGCCCAUACGUCGACCCAGGGCUCGUGAGCACGCUUAGCCGGCUCAGCGACUUCCGUGGCCCGCGCCACGACCUCCCCGCCGCGCUCCGCGGCUUCGCGCCGCGCAUCACCCCCGACGCGGCGGCCGCGGUGCUGCGCCGGUGCCGCCACCUCCCCGUGCCGUCGCUCCGGUUCUUCCUCUUUGCCGCGGGGCUGCCCGGGUUCUCUCACCUGCCGGAUUCGCUCCUCAUCCUGGCCAAUUCGCUCGCUGGUGCGCGGCUCUUCCCGCUGCUGCGCUCGCUGCUGUCUGACCUCCCACCGGCUGCGCUCUCGCGGGGUCUCUUCCCGCGGCUGUUCCGUGCUUACUCGCGUGCGCUUCUCCCAGAUGAUGCGAUCCGGGCCUUCUCCUCCAUGGCGGGGUUCGGCUUCCACCCAACGCUGGCCGAUUUCCACUCACUGCUAUUCGCCUUGUGCCAUAAUGGCCUUGUAAAUCAUGCUGAGGUCUUCUUCAGAGAGUCGGGGGCCCAUUUUGAUGUCUCAGCCAAGACGUACACCAUCCUGAUCUCUGGGUGGGCUGUUGUGGAGAAGCCGGAAAACGCGCAAAAGUUAUUUGAUGAAAUGGUUGAGAGAGGUGUUGAGCCUGAUGUGCCUGCCUACAAUGCGUUGAUUGAUGCCUUAUGCCGCGGAGGUGAUAUUGCACGUGCGCAGGAACAUCUGAAAGAUAUGCAACAGAGCCGUGGGCUUGUUCCAGAUGCUGCCACUUAUGGUCCAUUCCUUCGUGCUGCCUGUGCAUCCAAGGAUGCUCGGGAUGCUCUUCGUGUGCUAGAUAGGAUGCGCAUGCAUGACCUCACACCAAAUGUAUUCACAUAUAAUGCUAUAAUUCGGUUAUUGUGCGAACUGGGAGAGAUUGAGGAGGCUUAUAAUAUCCUUGGUGAGAUCAUCACGAGAGGGGAAAAGCCUGAUGUUUGGACAUACAACACACUGCUUAAUGCGCAUUGUAAGAAGAAUGAGGUGAACAAGUCUUUGAGGCUUAUUGCAAGAAUGGAUAAAGGCUUGUGUGUGCCAGAUCGUCAUUCUUACAACAUGUUACUAAAAUUGUUGAUUGGCGUAGGAAGGAUUGAUAAGGCUGUUGAGGUAUGGGACGGGAUGGAAACACGUGGCUUUCACCCAGGCGCAGCAACUUAUGCUGUCAUGAUCCAUGGGUUAUCUUGCAAGAAGGGAAGAUUAGAGGAGGCCUGCGGCUAUUUUGUGAUGAUGGUGGAUGAAGGUAUCCCACCCUACCAGGCCACUUGUGAGGUUUUGAGGGAUAGGCUGACAAGGCAUGGCCUGAGGGAUCAACUUGAGGUCCUCAUUGACAGGAUGAGGCGGAGCACUUCCUGCACGAUACAAGAAAUGGCAAGUAUCAUGCGCAGUACUAAGAGGGCUGAUGAAACUAGAAGCGCUAAUAUGGAUUCAGAGCCCUCAUCGCAGAACCCAACAGACAUGACUGCAUUUGUAAAUGAAAUGGGAACCAAGAUCGACGAGCUGGAGCAGAGCGUAAACGAUCUCAAAGCUGAGAUGGGCACCACCGACAUACCUGUCAAGAAGCCCGAUGAGGCAAAGCCUGCCGACUCCGCAUAA